AUGCGGUUGGCCGCGUUAGAAUACCGGGGGCGCCGGGCCGCGGAGCCCCCCGAAGAGGAGGAAGAACCAGAACCGGAAGAGGAACGGGAGCCAGAGCCAGUCCCUGCUCCGCCUCCUCACCACCACCCCGGCCACAACUAUGUCCACAUGAAGAACAAGUUCAUGAAUGAGCUGGGCCAUCUGCCAAUCCCCACGUGGGCAGUGGGAGCGAUUGUGGUGAUGGUGCUGGUACUGGUAGGCUGCUUUGCCUUCUGCAUCCUUAGGAAGAUCAUCGGCAAGAAGAAGAAGCCCAAGAAAGUGCGUGAGAGGAAGGGGGGGCGCAAGCGGAGGGGAGGAGGUGGAGAGGGUGAAGGUGAAGCUGAAAAGGAAGACGGAGAUAAGAAAGAAGGGGAAGGAAAGGAAGAAAAGGAGAAUUUGGGCAAGCUGGAGUUCACCCUGGACUACAACUUCACAGAUUCCCAGCUCAUAGUGGGGAUCCUCCAAGCUCAAGAUCUUGCUGCCAUGGAUAUGGGGGGCACCUCUGACCCCUACGUCAAAGUCUACAUGCUCCCUGACAAGAAGAAGAAGUUUGAGACGAAGGUCCAGCGCAAGAAUCUGUGCCCUGUUUUCAACGAGACCUUCAUCUUCAAGAUCCCCUACUCAGAGCUGGGCGGGCAGACCCUGGUGUUGCAGGUCUACGACUUUGACCGAUUCUCGAAGCACGAUGUGAUUGGUGAGAUAAAAAUUCCCAUGAACACCGUGGACCUGGGGCAACCGCUUCAUGAAUGGAGGGAUCUGGAGAAUGGAGAAAAAGAGGAGCAAGAGAAGCUAGGUGACAUUUGCAUCUCACUGCGCUACGUCCCCACGGCCGGUAAACUCACUGUCAACAUCAUGGAGGCAAAGAACCUCAAGAAGAUGGAUGUUGGUGGAUUAUCAGAUCCUUUCGUGAAGGUGGUGUUGCAGCACAAUGGGAAACGAAUUAAGAAGAAGAAGACAACGGUCAAGAAGAACACUCUCAAUCCCUAUUUCAAUGAGAGCUUCAGCUUUGAGGUUCCCUUUGAGCAGAUACAGAAAAUGCAAGUUAUCAUAACAGUGUAUGACUACGACAAACUGGGGAGCAAUGAUGCCAUCGGCAAAACUUUCAUUGGCUAUGGUGCCACGGGGGUGGGGCUCCGCCAUUGGUCAGACAUGCUGGCCAAUCCCAGACGCCCUGUUGCUCAGUGGCAUACCCUUCAGCCUGAAGAGGAGGUGGAUGCCGCCCUCAAGGGACCCCAUCGCUAA